AUGGCGGCGUUGUUAUGGCGGCGUUGUUUUAAAGUGUGUUUUAUACAACAUAACUUUGGCCUUUUCUCUUUCUUUCUUUUAUUUUUUCUUUCAUUCCUUUCUCACUACAGUCUUUCUUUUUUAUUUCUCAACAGGUUUUCUUAUAUUUUUUCUCUCUCUCUUACAUGCGCGUUUUCCUUCUGUUUAUUUAAUUUUUCUUUCUUUCAUUCUUUCUUUCUUUCUUUCUUUCUUUCUUUAUUUCUUUCUUUAUUUCUUCCUCUCUUUCUUUUCUUUUCUUUGCUUUUCAUCCUGUCUAGUCUUGCCCGCUUUCGUUUUUUUCGUAAUCUUUCUUUCUUUCUUUCUUUCUUUCUUUCUUUCUUUCUUUCUUUCUUUCUUUCUUUCUUUCCACCACACACACACACACUCUCUCUCUCUUUCUAUCUCUCUCUCUGUAUUCAUUCAUUUUUCCAUUCUUUUCUUCUCUCAUUUUCUAUUUCGCUCUACAACCUAUCUCUCUUUAUAAUCUUUCUCACUUGCUUCUUUUUUUUUUUUUUCCUUAUCUAUAUCAUCUCUUUCUUUCUUUCUUUUUCUUUUUUUCGACUGUCCCUCUCGUCUGGAAUGCUUCCUUACUUUUUUCUAAAGACUUUCUUCUUUGUUAUAUAA